AUGGCAGACUUCAAAUUCACACUCCAAGGGUCAUUGUUAGAGCAUGCUCAAGGGUCCUCCUCCUACCUGCCAGUCGUGGCAGUCACAGUUGUAGCCCUCGCAGUCACCUAUCCUUUUGUCAAGGACCUUUACCCGCAGCCGAUCCCUGGGAUCCCAUACAACAAGGCCUCCACAAAGACCAUUCUGGGCGACGUGCCCGACGUUGGGGAGCACGCGAAGAAGAGCCAGAGCUUCCGGACCUGGUUCCUGGGCCAGGCACACAGGCACGACUCGGCCACCACGCAGGUGUUCCUGGGGCCCCCUUCCAAGGCGGCGGUGAUCGUGUCCGACUACCGCGAGGCUAACGGCAUCCUGAGCCACCGCGAUGGCGUCGACUUCAAGCGCGGCCCGGGGCUCAAGGUCGAUGCCUUGCGCGGCAUCCUCCCGCACGCCUUGCCGGCCACGGAGACCUCCAACCCGGACCCCCACAGCAGCCGGGACCUGGCCAGGGACCUGAUGACAAUAUCAUUCAUUCCCGCACACGGCCGGCGGCCCUCGCAUCUACGACGCCGCCUGUCCCUCGCUGGAGCUGUGGCGUACGAGGCCACUCGCGCAUGGCCGAGGGCCGCCCCCUGA